AUGUGUCUCGUAUUGUUGCAUGUCAGAAGUAGCGAUGCCGGGGAAAAUUACCUGCAGAACAGACAACAGGUGGAACUACAAGAUUCUGAAGUGCCUUCCCUUGUGGAACUGGGCACAAAGUCCGUCGUCCUGGACUGCGAGUUCAGCGUGGAAGCCGUGUCUCCAGGCGCUGGUCUCGUCAUGAAGUGGUUCUUCAACGGCUCCGCCAAUUUGGUUUACCAAUGGAUACCCCCAUUAGCGCCGCAAGUCAUAGGCCUCCUCAAGGGGAAGGUUGACCUAAACUUUAGAAUAUCUGAGGAACCGCUACAAGCUUAUAGAGCUAUAAAGAUAUUAAAACCGACGACAGAUCUAAGUGGUAACUACACAUGUGUCGUUUCCACGUUUCUGAAAGAAGAUCGGCAAACUAGAAGUAUGCUUGUAUACAGUGUCGGCAAGAGCUUUCACUUUUACCAAGAGAAAAAAUAUGUGUUUCUUGUUACUUUGAUAUGCAUCGCAGAAGACCUAUAUCCGAAACCUGAGAUUACAAUACUGUCAAAAGGAAAGCCUUUGAAGCAAGCCGUGACUGAAAUUAGAAUGGACUCCUGGGGUUUUUACACAGUGGAGAGUAAAGCGGUGGUGCACGAUGACGACGUGAGCACCCCGUGGGAGGAGUUCAUGUGCCUCUUGAAUCUAACACCAGCUAACUACACGCUGAAUAAGACUACUAUAUAUUAUCCUGGUUUAAUGCCAACCGCUUACAUUGCUGCUAUUGAAGUGGAGAAGCCACAAGAGCGGCACGCGAAUGCAAAUAGUAAGUAA